AUGGAGAGUCCACAGAAGAGAUCGUCCUCGAAACACCAUACCCCAGACGCACCCGGGACUCCUAAUCACCCGGAAGAUUCACAGGAGACACAGAUCCUCAAUCCCAGCCUCAUCAAUACCGAGCCUCAAGGCACUCGACCGCAAGUCAGAACCCCCGAACCUCAGACCAGAAGCGGAAGCACCGGUCCAGAGGCACUUUUCACCAGCCCCGGGCAGAUUCCCGACUUCGACUGGGACGACUUCAGAUUGCAGUACGAACAGGCGCUCGCCAAAGCCAACGACAAAGAAUUGGAGCUGCUUCGCGAGUUUGACGGACUGGUCAAGUAUUUCAACGUAUGGGCUGCUGCGGCCUCUGCGCAUGACAACGAACGUGCUGUGAAGCGACUGCAGACACGCCAACGAUACGUCCAGAUUGGCGAAGAGAACCUGGCCCAUAGGAAGCAACAUCUGGCGGAAGUUGUACCUUUCAGAAUCUCCAAUACCAAAAUCAUUACCGAGCUUGUUAUUAACAAUAAUUUGCAGGAUGAUUUGGAGGCUUUCCAUCACAAACACUUCUCCGAGACCGCCUUGUUGCAUUUCGCAACACAGUUCUUGUCAGCGGAGAGUUAUGACGGCGCCGAAGAAGCCGAUUGUGGCGAUGGACUCGGCUAUUAUCCUGAUGGAGUAAAGAGAACUCUCACCGAUGAGCAGAUAGAAAUCUUUAGGCACUCGGAAUUGGAGGCCGAGCGCAGGAAGGCCGAGAAAGCCCGGGACAUGGAUGACGGCGAGAUUGAAGACGAUCAAGCCACGAAUCUGACAGAUAUUACAUCACUACCAAGCGGCGAGACGGAUGCCAAAACGAAAAAGAAAAAGAAAAAGAAGGGAGGUAAAGGCAAAAAUCGUCGACAGGAGGUCAAGCCCGACUUGCGCAAGAGGACAUGGGAUGUCGUCGAUGUUGGCAUGUACAACCUCGAUUACGAUGGAGAAGCUGGUUCAGCAGCUCAUGAAGGAAAUCCAGCGAAACGACGCCAGUCGGAAAUCCAAUCUCGGGGCUCAGCCGACGACAGCAUCAAGCUUUGCUUGGCUGCUGAGGUUGGGCCUUUGGGGAGGAGCAUGUCGAGCAAUAAUCUUCUCUCUGACCUGGCAACACCAAAUCCCCCUUAUUUGUUUCGUUCCUCGAAAUACUUUGAAUGGAUGCUAAAGUUUGACGCGAACAGGGGAGUCCGUUUGCAAAUAAACAAGCCGUGGAACUUCUCAAAUCGUUCAGUGCCAGAAUUCGGAUGA